AUGACCGGCCCAUCCCACAUCUCAAGCUACAACCAGUCCACCUACUGGACGGCGCACGCCCACAACUUCCGAUCCGCGGCGCGCCUGCACCUCCAGCACUUCCUGUACCAAAACACCCUGGGCUAUCUCCUGGAGCCGGUGAUCGCGAAGGCCGUGAUGGCCGCCGUGCAGCAGCAACCCCUCCAGAUUGCGGAUCUUGCCUGUGGCAAUGGCAUCUGGCUCACCGAGCUCCACACCCAACUGACCACGAACCACGAUCUCUCAGUUCAGCUGGAUGGCUUCGACAUCAACCUGGUCAACUUCCCCGCCGGCGUGUCGCUGCAGCAGCUCGACAUCCUGGCCAAACCCCUCCCAGCCCCCCUCCUCGGCGCCUACGACGUCGUACACAUCCGCGCCUUCGCGAGCCUGAUCGGCCCGGACUCCGACCUCACCCCAAUCCUCACGGUGGCCUCGUCCCUGCUCAAGCCCGUCCCCAAGGCCGCCUGCAGCCAGGCUUCGCAGGUGCUGCGGGACGGGCUGCGCGCCAAGGGCAUCAGCAACGCCUGGGUGGACGCGCUGGACCCCCAGCUCACGCAAUUCGGCUUCCAGGAGGCCCGCUUGCUGUCCCAUGACAAGCGGCCCCAGGACUACAAGGCCUGGACGGAGAACUACCUGAUCGUGUGGGAGGAACUCGCCGCGCUGGCCGCGUGGUCACUGCGAUCGGGCGAAAGCCGCUGGCUUGAAAUUUCCCUCGUCAUUCGCGUUAUCCUGGCCGUGGUGGUGCGGCGCUAUGCGUUCACCAAGGUGGGGUUGGGCGCGGUGGCGCGCGACGCGGCCACGGGCCGGCCGGUGAUGCGGCCGGAUGGACAGUUCGAGGUCGAGGCGCUGGCUUAUACGACACGACAGAUCACGGCGCGGCCGGUGGAUGGGUUGAUGAUGACGGUGAGUCGAUGGGGUGCAGAGCAAGAACCAUAAGAUCAAGGGCUAUUUGGUGGUUAUUUACGGUGAAUGCGGGUAUGCGGUGCUGCUAGGGGUGGGGUUGAGGACAGAGACUACCCCGUACUGUACAAGGACAUGGCUUGUCGGAAGCUGAGGUGGCUGGAAGGUUGUAU